GCAUCGGGGGAGCUGCCUGGAGGUGGCAGCCUGGGGCUGUUAGUAGGGCCUGGAUAGAAGAAGUGGAAGGUAGGGGGCCUGGUCCAGGGUCAGGGUGCUCUAGGGGAUGCCUGGCUGUGACCUCAGGGGUUCCUCUCUACCCCUGCCCACCCCACCCCACCCCUGGAAUCCUGAGGAGUGAGCUGGGCCCAGCCCGGAACCUGUUGCCCCAGUAACCAGCAGACAAAACGCUGCAGUGCUGCAGCCUCCGUCCUGGAUGGCAGCCUCCCCUCCCACCUCCACUCCUGGUGCCAGGCCGGGCCCCUGCCCACCCAUGCAGCACCCCGAACCCUUCUCCACACCCGUAGCUUCUCAGGAAGGCUUCAGUGUCCAGGGCCUGGAGAGCAUGGAGGGCCCAGGCGGCCGUCCUGUGUUCACAGGCACCGACCCUCUGCCCGCCAUGGCCUCUGCGAACCCGCUGUAUCAACCCCCAAACCCAGAGAAAGACGUGUUUCCGGGUCCACCAGCAGGCUUCCAGAUGGCCCCCUGUGGGUGUUUCUUCGACCCCCGCGUCUUCCGCAUUGAGUGGGCUGCCACCUGCUUCGGCCAGGACUUGUACAAGCUGGCGGUGGCCAGGGGCCCCACCUCGCCAGACAGCUACCUCCUGGAGCCCCAGUACUAUGCCAAGGCCCCAGUACCGCCCCUGUACCCCCACUACCAGCCUGGGGGGCCCACAUAUCUUGUGCCCUGCUUCCCGCCCGAGGGGCCCAGCCAUGAGUCCCUGGGCUUCAUGAGGGAUGGGGGACCCCCUGGCUUUGUGGAGUUGCCUCCACUGCUGCUCAAGGAAGGCCGGGCCCCUCUGCCACCCCCCAAAGACAGCAAGCUGUCCCCACUGCUCCUCAUGCUACCUGCCGAGGCCUCGCUGCCUGCUGAGGCCCCGCUGCCUCCUGAUGCCUAUGGCCACUUCCAAGGCCACCGAGGCUGGGUCCCUGGGCCUGAGGUAGCCAGGUCGCCCGCUGAGCCCUUGGCCUUUCCCACCAAGGAACUGCAGGGUGGCAAUGGAGCUGAGCUGGGCCUGUCCCACCCCCCGGGCCCCAGUGAGCCCAAAGCCCAGGAGGCCACCCAACUGGGGACAGGCAAGGCCCAGGUGCACGAGGUGGCCCGGACCUUGGCACUGCCAGACAAGGUGCUUCUGGAAGACGCCAUGAAGCUCUUCAAUUGUCUGCCCAGCCGUGCCAAACCCGAAGCCACAGAGUGCAGGGUCCCCGGGCCAGCCCUCCCCGACAGUGGCAGCGGCCGGGACAACUCGCCCAGUGACAUCCGCUCACUGCACCUCCCCGAGGAGCUGCUGUCGUUUGACUACAGUGUCCCUGAGAUCCUGGACAUGGUGUCCAACGUGGACUAUCUGUUCAACAACUUCAAGGUGCUGGAUGAGGGGCCACCGCCCUGCCCCAGGACCCCCGGAGCUGACCCCGCUGUCCCUGUCCCUCAGGCCAGCAUACGGAGAAAGAAGCAGGGCACCACCUCCACCAGGAAGGGCAAGGCGGGGGCCAAGGGCAAGCAGGCUGCUGCAGGGGCCCGGCAGGACCUGGGCGCUGCCCCCCAUUAAAGUGGAUUUGGU